AUGAAGUUUUGCGGAGAUUUUAUGAAGACCGAAAGAAUGAAGAUGAACCGCUUUUAUGGUAUACUGAAGGCAGAAUUUAGGGAGUUCAUCACUCCCUCAAAAAGUGAAACCCUUGACGAGCUUAUCAAUUUGGCACGGGAUAGAAAAAUUGAGAUUAAAAGACUGGAGGAACGUGGUGAAAAGAGGUCGACAGAAAAGGGGAUAAAUGCAAGUCCAUCUAAAAAGGCGAGGUUCCAAGAUCAGGGAAGGAAAGAUAAGUCGAAGGGUGGUAUUACUCCUUGCAAGACAUGUGGGAAACUUCAUACUGGGGAAUGCCUUUUGGGUAAGAAGGGGUGCUAUAAAUGCGGUGAAGAAGGGCAUACAUCCUACAAGUGCCCUAACAACCCGAAGACUUGCUUCAACUGUUUCCAGAAGGGGCAUAUUAAGUCGAAGUGUCCUAAACUCCAGCAAGGAUCGAAGAAGGAGGGAAAGAAUGAGGAAAGCUCUAAGGCGAAAGGGAGGAUGUUUCAAAUCACAUCCGAAGAAGCCAAGUCCCAUCCGAACGUGGUUUCAGAGGUAGAAAUAACCGAUAGUAAGAACUAUGUGUUACACGAGAUUUGUAGAAAUUGUAAGUUCACUAUAGAAGAUGAAGAAUUCGAUAUCGACCUCAUACCUAUGGUUUUGGGGGAAUUCGAAAUGAUAGUAGGUAUGGAUUGGAUGGCACGACACCGCGUGGAGAUUAAUUGUGAAAAUAAGGUAAUGCUUGUCCAAUCUCUAAGUGGAAGGCAACCGAGUAUUCAAGGGGAGAGAAAUGUGGAAACAAAAUUGUGUACCCUUGUUCAAGCCAUUAUAUACGUACUUAAUGGGAGUAGAGCAUACCUAGCUUAUGCAGUAGACGCUCGACAAAGCCUCCCGAAGCUUGAAGAUGUUGAGAUCGUGAACAAAUUUCCGGAUGUAUUUCCGGAGGAAUUGCCGGGACUUCCUCCCAAACGAGAAAUAGAGUUUCGCAUCGAAUUGAGUCUGGGUGCGAAACCGGUAGCGAAGGCUCCCUAUAGAUUGGCUCCCACCGAGAUGCGGGAGUUAAUGACACAAUUACAGGAUCUACUAGAUAAGGGCUUUAUACGCCCGAGUGUGUCACCAUGGGGAGCACCGGUCCUAUUUGUAAAAAAAGAAGGAUGGAUCGAUGCGCAUGUGUAUCGACUAUGGGGAAAUGAACAAAAUAACCAUAAAGAACCGUUACCCCUUACCCAGAAUUGA